AUGGACUUAAUGAUGAAGUUUCUUCUAACUUUCCUGAUUAUUCUGUUUCCUCAAACUAUUCUGGUGUCCUCUGGAUCCCCGUUAGACUUGUCUGCUUACACAGUGGAUUUGACCAGAGUGGACAACAGGCAUGUGGUCCACUGCUAUCGACACGGAGGGGACGAUAGGGGUCCACAGGCGGCUCAAUACAGAGACAGGACCUCCCUCAACCAUGAAGACCUGCCCAGAGGAGUCAUGACGUUCUGGAUCUCCUCAGUAAAUCUGUCCGACAGCGGAGCAUACAAAUGCUUCGUCCCAAACCUGAAGGCCUGGUGUGUUGUUGAUCUCAUCGUUGCAGAAAAAGAGGAAACAAAGACAGCUGUUUCCAGCACAACUGGACCUGCAGAGGAACAAGAGACCGAGUCAGACGAUCGUG